AUGCCACAGCAUCCUCAGCAAAAUGGCCCAGAAAACACAGUCGCGAGUGUUGGCGAGACGAUUUUCAAGCAGUAUGCCAAACAACUUGAUCCCAUAGACCACAAGGCACGACCGACGGACGAACCCUCCUCGGCCCCUCCUCCACUAUCUUCGAGCGCCGAGCUCACCAGUCCAACCCUCACAACAGCAUCGAAGGCCUCGCAAACCACGCAGCGGUCAACUCCCCGGUCUUUCCGGAUACCGAAGUCCUUCCUCGGUCAUAGAAAGAACGCGCGUUCUACAGACGUUCCCAAUAUCCCUACGCAGACAAUCCUGAAAGCCCUGGCCUCCAGGCCUGCCGGACCCCCAACGGCCCCGAUGACAGUGCCAAUGCCCUCAAUCCGUUCAGCCCUCGAUGAUAUCAACGACACCUCCUCGAAUGGCUCCAACUCGCCGUGUCCGACAACCAAUGUCACCGGUUUGAAUCUGAAUGGCAUGCCUGCGUGGUCGCCGACCACCUCGGCGCAAGUGCUGAAGUCGCCCUGCUAUUUCCAUCAACGCUUUGAUGGCGCCGUCGAUCUCCAGAAGGUUGUCGAUGAAAUGUCCAUUGAAGACGAUUCCUUUUCCCAUUCUCGUCUGACGCAGACUGCCAACGGUGUUCGCGAAGUCGCCAAACAGUUGCAACGUAAGCCGCUGAAACGCGCAGUUCGUACUGUCAUGAUAGUCACCAAAGCCCGGGACAACUCCCUCGUACAUCUCACCCGCGACCUAGCCGAAUGGCUCCUAUCCACGCCUCGCUACGGUAAAGACGUCGGCAUCACCGUCUACGUUGACUCCAAACUGCGACACUCCAAGCGCUUCGACGCUGCUGGUCUUGUUGCUCGCGACAGCCGCUACCAGCACAUGCUCAAAUACUGGACACCAGACCUUUGCUGGAGUUCGCCCGAGAAGUUCGAUCUGGUCCUGACUCUCGGCGGCGACGGCACCGUGCUCUUCACAUCCUGGCUCUUUCAGCGUAUCGUGCCACCAAUUCUCUCUUUCUCCCUUGGCAGCUUGGGCUUCUUGACAAACUUUGAGUUCACGAACUUCAAGCAACACCUCGACCGCAUCAUGGGCGAUGGUGGAAUGCGCGUCAACCUCCGCAUGCGCUUCACUUGCACGGUAUGGCGCGCUGACACGUCUCCUGGCGCCGAGAAAGGCGCAGUAGAAGAAGGCGAGCAAUUUGAAGUCCUCAACGAGAUGGUGAUCGACCGCGGACCGAGCGCCUACGUCUCAAACCUGGAGCUCUAUGGAGACGACGAACUGCUUACUAUCGUCCAGGCCGACGGCUGCAUCUUCUCCACCCCCACAGGCAGCACUGCAUACUCCUUGUCCGCCGGCGGCAGCCUGAUCCAUCCCAGUAUCCCCGCCAUUCUGCUGACGCCCAUCUGCCCGCACUCCCUUAGCUUCCGGCCCAUGGUGCUCUCGGACACGCUAAGCCUGCGUAUUGCCGUCCCCACGAAGAGCAGGAGCAGCGCGUACGCGUCCUUUGACGGCAAGGGCCGCAUCGAGCUCAAGCAGGGCGACUAUGUUACCCUUGAGGCAAGUCAGUACCCAUUCCCCACCGUCAUGAGCGGCGGCAAUGAGUGGGUGGAGAGCGUGCAGCGCGCCCUGCGCUGGAACGUUCGCGGCGCCGAGCAGAAGGGCUGGAGUGAGGGUGACGAUGGCCUCGAAGGCGAGGAGGGCGGCUGGGAUAUCGACCUCGACCCUGCAGGCACGAGCGGCACCGAUAGUGGGAUCGGCGGCAGCGUGGAUGGCGACGCGGUGGCAUUGGGCGACAAGGGAAAUCAGAGUCCAGUUGCGAUGGGCAGAGGAAGAGUCAGUCUCUUGAACAUGUGA